AAAAUGUGAUGAGUCUGACUGCAAUUCUUAGUGGUCUUGCGCCAAACAUUUCAUUGAAACUUCUCCAAUUGUGCUAAAACGAAUACUAAUCUUCACCUAAAAGGCUUUGUAUUGGUUGUUUGUAUCAAACCCUUUUCUCUCAAGUCAGAGAAUAUUAGCAAUACGCCGCCAUUGAAGGUUUUUUCUUUGAUUUUUAUAUGUUAACUUGUUUGUUUCUUCUUCUUCCUCUUCUUCAUCAUCUCCUCCGACCAGCCAGUAUUUCUGUUUAGAGACAUCUCGAUAUGGGUAGUAACUGCAGAAAGGUUGUUGGGUUUCUUCAAUUCUUCCUCAUUUCAAUCUUCCUCUGUUUUUCCCCUCUGUUUUGCGACGCUGCAGAUACAAUUACAAGAGGUAGAGGUUUAAGAGACGACACUAACGAAACCCUCAUAUCCCUGAAUGAAUCCUACGAACUGGGAUUCUUCAGCCCCAUAAAUUCUUCAUCACGAUACGUCGGAAUAUGGUAUCACAAGAUCAAAGAACACUCUGUUAUUUGGGUUGCGAAUAGAGAUAGGCCACUUCGUAAUAGAGAUGGGGUUUUGAUGAUCGGAGAUGACGGGAACUUGGUCGUUCUGGACGGCAACAACGUCUCUGUUUGGACAAGCAACAUCACAGCGAAUGCGUUGGAUCCCAGAAACUUAACUCUUCAUAACAAUGGAGAAUUGGUUCUUUCUAGCGGAGAAGACUCGUCGAAAGUUCAUUGGAGUAGCUUCGAACAUCCCACAGACACAUUUCUUCCGAAUAUGGUGGUGAGAGUGAACAGAGAAAUGGGUGAGAAACGAAUGUUUAUGUCGUGGAAAUCAGAGACAGAUCCGGCCGUCGGAAAUUACUGUCUGGGUGUGGAUCCUCGUGGUGCUGUACAGAUUAUCAUUUGGAAUGGGAAUGAUCGAUUGUGGAGAAGCGGCCACUGGGAUAACCAGAUUUUUUCUGGGAUUCCAACCAUGCGUUCUACGCCGUUGUACGGUUUCAAGAUUACCCCUGGAAAUAACGUAAGUGUAACUUUUGAUGCACUGAAUGAUUCCGAUAAGCUGAAAUUUCAAAUCAAGUGGGAUGGUAAAGAAGCACAGCAACGAUUGAAUGAAGAAACCCUCAAAUGGGAAACAAUUCGUUUACUGCCUUCUAACGAUUGCGAUUUCUAUAAUUUUUGUGGGGAUUUUGGGCUUUGUUCUGAAACGAGUCGUCCUAAGUGUAGCUGCCCUCAAGGGUUUAUACCCAAAAACAAAGCAAGAUGGGACAAAGGGUCUUGGUCAGAUGGGUGUCAGAGGAAGACUCCAUUGCUUGAGCAGAGAAUGAACAGUAAUUCAAAUGGAACCAUUGAAGAUGGUGAACAAGAUGGGUUUGUGGACGUACUAUUUGUGAAAUUGCCCGAUUUCAUAACUGGAAUAUUUGUGGUGGAAUCGUGUAGAGAUGUAUGUUCGAACCGUUCUUCAUGUGUUGCAUAUUCAGAUGCUCCUGGAAUUGGGUGUGCUACUUGGGAUGCACCUUUAAAAGAUAUUCAGAAAUUUGAUGGUGCUGGGAAUACUUUGCACCUUCGUCUCGCUCAUUCUGAUUUGAUAUCUGUAGAUAGCGAGAGCAAAUUAUCAACCGGUGUGAUAAUAUUGAUAUGUUUAGGAGGAGCAGCUGCCAUAGCCAUAUUAGCAUUUCUGCUUUGGAAAUUCGGAGGCAAAAUGAAAGGUUCACCAGAUGCUUCUUCCAGUCAACCUCAGAACAAAACUGAAUUAUCAAUGUUUGACCUGAGUAAGAGCAAAGAACUUUCAGCAGAGCUUUCAGGGCCAUACGAAUUAGGCAUAGAAGGUGAACAAUUGAGUGGACCAGAUUUGCCAAUGUUCAGUUUCAACUGUAUAGCUGUGGCUACUGAUAACUUUUCUGAGGAAAACAAGCUUGGCCAGGGAGGCUUUGGCCCUGUGUACAAGGGAAAGCUUCCAUGUGGACAAGAAAUUGCUGUCAAGAGGCUUUCAGUCCGGUCUGGCCAAGGUUUAGAAGAGUUUAAGAAUGAGAUUAUACUAAUAGGAAAGUUACAGCAUCGAAAUCUCGUCAGACUGUUGGGAUACUGCAUUCAAGGAGAGGAUAAGAUGCUGCUUUAUGAAUAUAUGCCAAACAAAAGCUUGGAUUGGUUUCUUUUUGAUCCAAACAAGAAGGCACUACUAGAUUGGAAAAAACGGUUGUCAAUCAUGGAGGGAGUCGCACGAGGGUUACUGUACCUUCAUCGAGACUCGAGACUUCUUAUUAUUCAUAGAGAUUUGAAAGCUAGCAACAUUUUGCUAGAUGAAGACAUGAAUCCAAAGAUAUCAGACUUUGGAAUGGCUAGAAUAUUUGGUGGAAACCAAAACGAGGCGACGAAUACAAUUCGAGUUGUUGGCACAUAUGGUUACAUGGCUCCGGAGUAUGCAAUGGAAGGUUUAUUUUCAGUGAAAUCAGAUGUAUAUAGUUUUGGUGUAUUAUUAUUGGAAUUAAUAUGUGGUCGGAGGAACACUAGCUUUCGCUCAACUGAAUACUUAACACUUAUUAGUUAUGCUUGGAAACUUUGGAAUGAAGGAAGAGCGAUUGAACUUCUCGACCCGUCUAUCAGCGAUUCAUCCCCCGAGAAUGAAGUAUUGAAAUGCAUACAUGUGGCAAUGUUGUGUGUUCAAGACUCUCCAGCAUAUAGACCAACAUUGCAAUCCUUGGUGCUAAUGCUGGAGAGUGAAUCCACAUCUUUACCACAGCCAAGACAACCUACCUAUACUUCAACGAGAGCCUCGAUCGAUACAGACUUGUUUACAGAAGGCCACGACAUUGUAUCGUCGAAUGAUGUAACAGUAACAAUGUUGGAUGGCAGAUAGCGUUAUCUUUUGGUUUUGAUUCUUUCCUCCUAAUGUUAAUAUACCAUUUUGCUCAUCUUCAAAGCAUAGGCAGUUAGUUUGUGAAGCGAGUAUAGUCAUUUUUAGAAAGCUUGUUCAUAUGAAUGAUUGGUUUUGGUUGAUUGUUUUGAUAGGUAAUUUAAAGCAAAAAGAAUUGAAGUGGUUUGUUGGUUGAUAGAUUAGGUCUGUAUUUUACUUUUAACUGCAAGAUAGAUCCAUUAGUAACAAAGUAUUUUAUCUUGUUA